ACUAACAACUAGUGAAGCAUUCAGAGCUUCUGACAGGAUGUUAGAUUUUUAGACUUUUCUGUGUUCUCGGCACGCACAUCCUGAAAAUGCAAUGGAGCUCAGACUAAAGUGACACUUUGCAUCGGGACCCGGGCUGUCUUGGUGACUGCUAUAUUGAAUAAUUGAUCCCUCGGCUUGUGACUGGCUGAAAAUGAGGAAGGCAGCUCUGAUGGUGUGGAUCAGCCUGCUGGUGCAAGUGUCUCAUGCUGCCCAGGGUCAUUAUGCCCAAAAACUUUUAAAUGACCUCAUGGAGAACUACUCCAAUGCUCUGAGACCUGUAGAGGACACAGACAAGGCCCUCAACGUCACCCUGCAGAUCACUCUGUCACAGAUCAAAGAUAUGGAUGAGAGGAAUCAGGUGCUGACUACCUACCUGUGGAUCAGGCAGAAGUGGCACGAUGCCUACCUGAAGUGGGACAAGGAGGACUACGAUGGGCUAGAGGAGAUCCGCAUCCCCAGUGACCUGGUUUGGAGGCCAGACAUCGUCCUGUACAACAAAGCCGAUGAGGAGUCGUCAGGCCCUGCCGACACUAAUGUGGUGCUGCGUUACAAUGGUGAGAUCACCUGGGACUCUCCAGCCAUCACCAAGAGCUCCUGUGUGGUCGAUGUCUCCUACUUCCCCUUCGACUGGCAGAAGUGCAAUCUCACCUUCGGCUCCUGGACCUACAAUGGCAACCAGGUGGACAUCACCAUGGGCAUGGACAGCGGUGACCUGUCAGACUUUGUGGAUAACGUGGAGUGGGAGUGCCUUGGCAUGCCGGCAGUUAAGAACGUCAUCAUGUAUGGCUGCUGUUCCGACCCUUAUCCUGACAUCACCUACACUCUGCUCCUGAAGCGCCGCUCCUCCUUUUACAUCUUCAAUCUCCUCUUGCCCUGCUUCCUCAUCUCAUUCCUGGCCCCGCUGGGCUUCUACCUGCCGGCAGACUCAGGGGAGAAGGUUUCCCUGGGGGUCACAGUGCUGCUGGCACUCACUGUCUUCCAGCUGAUGGUGGCUGAGAGCAUGCCUCCCUCUGAGAGCGUGCCCUACAUAGGGAAGUACUACAUAGCUACCAUGACUAUGAUCACAGCCUCCACCUCCCUGACCAUCUUCAUCAUGAACAUUCAUUUCUGCGGCGCUGAGGCUAAACCAGUCCCCCACUGGGCCAAGGUGCUCAUCAUAGACUACAUGUCCAAGAUCUUCUUUGUCUAUGAGGUGGGGGAGAACUGCACUACACCGGAAAGCGAGAGAAUCCCACCCUACUCCGAUGAACCCAUGGGUGAGAAGAGCUGUUACCUUGACGACCGCUUCCACGACAACCUCUACCACGACAGUAACCCGUACCAGUACAGCAACGGCCACGGCCCGUAUCACCACAGCAAGCACCACCAAAACCACAACAACCUCCGCCAGGCCAACGGCCAUGCCAACAACAGCCGCCACCAUUACAACAACCACAACAACCACGCUACCAGAGGAGACAGGGGCGAGGGCAAGAGAGAGCCCCCGCGACGCUACCACCACAUCAGACGGGACGAGCUGGACUACCAGGCCCCUCCUCUACGUAACCUCCAGCAUCUGAACGGGGCGCUGAAGGAACAGCUGCUUUUUGCCUCCGAGAAACUUCCCAUCCCAGCUUGCCCCUGCAGCUGCCCCUGCCCACAACACAAACAGGUGAUGAAGAAUAUCCAAUACAUCGCCAACUGCUUCCGCGAACAGAGAGCGACUAACGCCAAGGGAGCAGAAUGGAAGAAAGUUGCCAAGGUGAUGGAUAGGUUUUUCAUGUGGAUCUUCUUCAUUAUGGUUUUCCUGAUGAGCAUCCUCAUCAUCGCCAAAGCCACCUGACAGCCUCUUCAUCUUCAUCAUCGUAUCUGACGUCAUCCUCACUAUCACUGCUGGACCCCAGUGCUACCCAAGAGUCACCUCAUGUCCAGUUUACUCCAAUGUAAAAAUGUGUAAUGAUGAAUCAAAUAAUAAUAAGUUUUG